CAGUUUGAUGAUAAAGAUUUUAUUGAAGCAGCAAUAGAGGUAGAACAGAUAGAAAAUGAAGUUGAGAGGAUUGAUGAUGGUGGUGUAACUAUAAGGUCCUUGCACAAGCUACAAUCACAUAUUCGUGAGGAGGUCUGGAAAGAAGAAACUGAAAAACAGGUUCAAUCUAUGUUGGAGUGA